AUGGAGAGCCCUGACCAAGCAGAACAGUGGCACGCUCGCACACUAAAUGAAGUUGACUUGUUGACCAGUCAAUGGUUUUCAAGACAAUGGGGAACUUUACCCUACCAUCACAGGUACAAACACAAAACAGGUGAACAAUUUGGCACGCCCGGUGGGACUUCUCAUUAUACAUACUCCGAUAGAAAUUCUCUAAAGUAUAUGAAUAUUAGAAGCUCUAGCCAGAACCCACGCCACGCCAUGGAAAGAGAUCAGGUAGUUCUUCGAGAAGGAUUGGAGUCGGAAGAAAGUGAUACCAGACACUCAACUCAUGGUAGUACCGGAAGCAGACGUUCCAGGGCUAGCUCCAGGAGGUUGAAUCAAAUACAGGAAGCUGUAUUCCGACAGGAGGCUAUAGCACAAAGGAGCCAGGAUACUCUGAACAACAUGACAGCCAUGAUGCAAUGGCAAGUUAACAGACAGUUCAGGAAGGACCGUGAGGCGGCCAUGGCAAGAAUUCCAAACCCAAAUGUUGUUGUCCAGCAGCUAGAUCUCCCUAACGAUCCCCCACUAGUAUUGGCAUGGCCAUAUCAGGAGAACCCUCUCAUCGCACAGAUAGCUAGAAUACUAGGGCAUGGAGAGAUCCAAGCUAGACAGAGGGGAGGAGCCCUUCCCAUUCAAGAGCAUGAGGGGCCAGUUUGGCCAGAAGGUCCAGCACCAGUUUAG